AUAAAAACGAUUCUCACGUUGUGAAGGUCAGUUUACGUCCUGCCUCGCACACCGCUGGUGUUACAGGACAGACAACGACAUCUGGCACAUUUUGUCUUAAAACACAAAAUGGGAGCGAUGGAAGAUGAUUGGCGUUUGAGACAGGCGGUAUACAAUGGAGAUAUCAAGACUCUGAGGGAAAUGAUUUCCAAUGGUGCUAAUCCAAGAAUUAAAGAUAAUGAAGGUACUUCCAUUUUAAUGGAUGGAGCACGCUUUGGACAUCUGGAAAUCGUUAAGUUCUUGGUAGAGGAGGUUUGCAUUCCACUGGAAGAAUGUGAUAAGAAUGGAAACACAACCCUCUUGAGUGCUUCAUUACCAAUAUACCCCAAUCUUGAGGUUUUGCAGUACCUGGUCUCAUCUGGAGCUGAUCUCCAGGCUAGAAAUUUAAUGGAUGAGACGGCACUGCACAUUGCUUCUCGCUCUCAGUCCCUGGAAACUUUUAAAUUUCUGCAGCAGUCAGGUAUUCCAGUUGACUCUCAGGACCUCCAAGGAAAAACUGUUCUUCAUCAUGCUGCUGAACUUGGGGAUGCCCAAAUGGUGAAAUAUCUACUAGAUCAGAAAUGUCUCUCUGUUGACUGCAGAGACAAGUAUGGUCAGACUCCAUUAAUGUUAACAGCAGAGUUUCCAAGAAGUGAGCAAGAUCCUGUGAGACAUGGGGAAUGGAUUGACCAUACAGAUUAUGUCAGUAAGGCUCUCAAGCUUAUUGUAGGCGCUGGAGCAGACCCUACAGCAAAAGAUGUGGUUGGUAGAACAGCACUCCACAGAGCACUUGGAUGUAAGGAGAAUUUCCAGUACCUUCAGAAAAUACAUCCUAAUUUCAAGGAUGGUCUGGAUAAAAAGGGACAAUCAGCCAUAAUGAGAGCCAUUUCUGCAUUUCAAUACCACUAUGAUAUGCCCCAGGUGAUAAAACUUCUAGUGCAGGGAGGUGCAGAUGUCAAUUUACGUGACCGAGAUGGAAAGACAGCUUUGUGCCUGGCUAUAGAGAAAGAUACUUUCUGGGCAUUGAGGGAACUAAUAGAGGGUGGAGUCACUUUAUCAUCUUGCAGAAAGGAUGAGCUUACAGAUAUUCUCCACAUGGCUGUGUGGCGCCAUCAAGAUGAGCUAAUCACAAGAUUAAUUGCUGCAGGAGCAGAUGUCAAUAGCAAAGAAAGAGGGGAAGCUGAGAAGUCAACAUUACAUGGGCACACAGCUCGAUGUUUGGAAAUUAAUGAAUUGUCAUAUAGAGGAGAAGGUUGGAUUGAUGUAGAAUUUUCUGGCAAUUCCCCACUGUUCAAAUCUCUUGAGUCAGAGAAGAUAGUCACUCAUUUGAUUGCUGCUGGUGCAGAUGUGAAUUUCAAGGAUGACAACGGUUGUACACCACUGCUUGCAGCUAUUCAUAAGGAGCAUUUGAAGGCACUGGACCUUUUGCUGAAGGCUGGUGCUGAUCGAAAUGCAGUGGAUAACUGUGGUGUGACAGCUCUUCACAUGGCUGCCAACUGUCGGAAGGUACCACCUCAAGUCAUAGCAUUUGCUAAAGAACAGAUUGAACAGGGUAUGAGACUAGACAUCAUGGAUCAUCAGGGCAGGACACCUCUUCAUUAUGCUGCACCGACUGGAAAUCACAGAGUUAUGAAACUCCUCAUCAGUUUGGGAGCCAAUGUAAAUGCUUUAGAUGUCUAUGGUAAAACUCCCAUUGCCAUGCCAGCCAUGCAUUCACUUAAGGACUGUAGGUUGGUGAAACAGCUACUGAUUAAUGCUGGAGCUGACUUAACAGUAAAAGAUAAACAUGGCAAGACAGCCUUACAUACAUCAUUUGAGAAUGAUAAUAUUGAAAUCACAAAGUUUCUCAUGAAGAAGCAUCAACAAGAGAUUGGUUGCGAUAAUGAUGGUAAUAAUAUCCUACAUUGUGCAGUCAGAGCUCAAAGAGAUGCACUUGACAAAGUGAAGUAUAUACUGAAUAAAAAACUUACUACACUUGAAGAAAAGAAUGAAAAUGGAGAGACAGCUUUAAUGUGCGCUGCACAGUUGCCUCCAUGGCACACAGAAAAGCAGACUCUUGUUCAAAUACUAUUGACAUCAGGUGCUAGCCCCAAUGCUAAAGACUUGCAAGGGAAGACUCCUCUCCAUAUUGCAGCUGCUGCAGGUGAUACAAAGACUGUGGAAGCUCUGAUAGCUGCUGGAGCAGAUGUAACAGAGAGGGAUUUAAAUGGUCGGAUGCCUCUGCACUGGGCAGCUCAGUCCUACAGUGCUGAGGCAGUGGAAUUACUGCUAAAUGAGAGAAAUGAGCUGCAUGAAAUGGGGAUCAAUCAACAGGACAAUGCUGGGCAGACCCCACUGAUGCUUGCUGUCAAAGAAAAACAGUCCGUAAAGUUAUUGCUAAAAGAAGGUGCCAAUGUUAAUAUGCAGGAUUGUGCUGGAAGAACAGCACUCCAAGCAGCAAUUGAGUGCAAAAAUUUUGAAGCAAUGAAGCUACUGCUGGUUGCAGGAGCAGAUUUCUUACCUGCUCAGAGGGAGUAUCAUGUUAGAGCAAUCCAUUUGGCUGUUGCAGCAGGGGAUACUAAGAUACUGGAGCACCUGAUUUCAAUGGGAAUGGACCUUUUAGACUGCUGGUGGCACCCUGAACACAAGACAACCCUGCUACAUGUUGCAGCUGAAACCAGUGUGGAAAUGUUGAAGCAGGUAUUGAAAGUGGGAAAAAGUGUAGACACUUUUGAUAGUGAAGGGUACUCUGCCUUUCAUCGUGCAGUUCUGUCUGGAAAUUGUGCAGUCAUCAAAUAUUUUUUAGAAGAGAUACAAACUCCUGUGGAUCAAAGAGAUACAAAAGGGAGGACAUCCCUCAUUCUAGUGGCUGCAAGUGACAAUUGGCUCCUAAUGGAAUCAGCAGUUCCAGACAUUUUGCUUCAUGCAGGUGCUGAUGCUAGUGCACAAGACAAUGAAAAUAUAACUGCUUAUGAUCUGGCACUUCAGAGCAGGAAUCAAAAAUACGCAGAUCUUUUAGAAAUGGCACAAUACCUUUGUUAAUUUCACUGAACAGUGUAAAGCUGGUGGUGCAUAAUUGCAUCUAUGUAAUGUUUAUGUGACUUCUUAACAAGUGGCUAAGAGCUUCAUAUUGACAGGGUACUUAGAGAGUUGUUACAUGGUACAAAGUGCACAUUUCAAGUUUACAGGAUAUAAAAAAUGCAGUCUAUAAGUGAUAUAAAUUAAUUGUAUUUGAGCCAAAACAAACCAUUGUUCUCCAGAUGCACCUUUGUUCAUUGGACACUACCAGUAAUCCAAAUGAAGCCAAGUUUUUUCUCUUCUAUUAAAACUAAUACAAUGGAUUAAAUUCACCCAAAAUCAUAAACUUGGUAAUUUCACCAAGCUUUUGUCCCAGACAGUUAAAAUAUCAUCAAGUCUAUACUUUCUUCCUCUGUGUGUGAUUAAAAUAUUUCACUAAGCAGUAAAGUUUUAUAAAUAAACGCAUCUUAUGGAGGCACUUGUUCCAAAUUCAUGGAAGUCUGAGUAGUCUAUUUAUCAUAAUGAAUAAUGAAUAACAGCUGUGAUCAUUGAUAAUGUCAGUCAUAUCCAGUGAGACAAGCUCAUUGAUAAAUUGCCUUGAGCGACAUUGCAGAAGGAAAGAAAAGGGUGUAAAAUGGUGAUGACAUACUUUUCUGAGUCAGUGCUAUUGACAGAACACAAGAUACUUCAGCACCAAUUGAGUGCAUUUUGAAUGGAGUUCUAGAGUAGUACUCUUUCAAAAUCAGACGAAAUCUCAAUGUGAUCUUUAUCCCAAUGAAUUACAACUUUUAUAAUAUGGGAACAGGUUUUUGGUUGUCUUUUAUUUCCAAACCAUUCUUCUUACAUGAAUAUUUUUAAAAAGUAUUAAAAUAUCCACAGUCUAUCAUUUGCUUCCUAUUAUCUCGUAGGUGGCAUAAAAGUGACUCAAAUUUUGACAAGAAUAUUUGAAGUGGUCCCAGUGGUGAUCUACAUCUUAUAACAGUUAUAAAUAACAUUUCUGGUAGCUGCAGUUCACGAGCACAGACUUACAACUCUUGAUAUAAGUAGAAACUACUGACAUCAAUAGAUCAGAACUUGAUUCAAUUUUUUUUACUUAUGUGACAACCAAGAAUCAAGAACUUUUAUUCACCAUCAAUCAUUUUACAAUGAAAUAGGCUUUGUCAUAAUAUAAUACAGGAUGUAGUAAUACAUGUGGGGAUAUAAUAAUAAAAUAAACUAGUACCAAUUAACUAUGGUAUCCAUAUUAAGCAGAGCAGUAAUAAAAUUCACAGUAGGAAAACUUCUAAAAGCUAGUGUCAAUAAGUUAUAGUAUACUGUAGUAUGGUACAAAACCUGUGCAAUAAUAAUUGGAUAGAGAAUACGAGACAUAAUUAUACAAAACAUGAAGACAUAGUUAUACAAAAUGUAAACACAGCACAUAGCAAUACAGUAAACGAUAGGAAAAUUUGCUAAAUACUAAUAUCCUCUUCAGGCAUCUCAAGGAAUUCUUGAAUACUAUAAAAUGGGUGAUCUGAUAGCCAGUUGUACGACUUAAUUUUAAAAAUUUUUAGAUCUUUAGACGAAACAGACUGGUAAUUUGUCGAAAAUUUUGAUAGGGAUUUUCACAAACUUGGUUGAUAUUUUCCUCCCACUGGAGUUUGGAGGCAAUGUAGAUGCUGAAAAGUUUUCAUGAAUUAUUUUCUACUUUAUCUGACAUUUCCAUUAGGAGUAGCUGGGCUUUAUUAGGGUUACACAGGAGUUCAUUAGUUGCAAACCAGUCCAAGGCAAUAUCAAGAGAUUUUCUUUUCUUUUCUUUUUUUCUUUCUUUUUUUUCUGUUCAGAUCUUAAAUUCUCUGAUGUAUGGUAAGUGGUGUUUUAUUGUCAGUAUAACAUAUGACAGAGUGAGCUGUGUUAUUAGGUAACUCAUUGAGUGCUGUAAUGAAGAAUCAGGGACUGAGGAGACAUCCUUGUGUAACACUUGUACUCAUUUUCAUUAAAGAGGAAUUUACAUUUCUGACUGAGACAAAUUGUUUUACGGUGCUUAAAUAUGAAGACAUCACAGCUAAUGUGCUCCCAUGCACUGUAUAAAACUCCAGUUUCCUUAGUAGUAUGUCAACUCCUCCUCCAUCCGUAUUUUCUCUACAGAACUAGGCUGCCAAUGUACAGACCUCUGUGUUUAAUACAUGGAUUCCUGUAUUUACAAGGUUGUUGGACAUUAUACAUCAACUUACAGUUAGCAAUCUAGAUGGUAGAAAGAGAUAAAAUGUUCCUGAACUUUGUAUUUAAGUCCGCUAACAUUCUGAUACAUAGAUAAGUUUCUUUUGUGUGUGACACUUCAUUUAUCUGCAUCUCCUUUGAAGCAGUCUGUCUGAAUGAGGUGUUUAAGCUAAAGGAGUAUUACCUCUCAAACCUGUAAGAAUGGGAAUUUUACUAUUGGAGACAGUGCCCUCCACACAUAUUCCUCCUCUCCACCUGCCUGCCUUAUGUUUACAGCUAUUAAUUCAGCUAAACCCAUCUAAUAUAUCUCUGUGCAGGUUGUGAAGUGUAAAAGCUCAAACCUGUAGACCUGUGAAGCAUUUUUCAUCACAUCCACAACAUUUGAUCUCAUUUUGCUAACAGUUUGGCUUUUGUAAGAGAUACUCCACAGAGAGAGCUAUUUUUAGCCUAACAGAUGAAACUCUAGGUGAAUUAAAUCUCAGAAGGUAUCCAGUGGGGAUCUUUUGUGAUCUUGCUUAAAGCUUUCAACUGUGUAGAUCAUAACACACUGCUAAAAAAGCUUCCACACUAUGGCAUCAAAGACAAACCUCUGAUGUGGCUAGAAUCUUAUCUGCACAACAGGAAGCAAAGAUUUAGCAUAGUGGAGGCAGGUGUAACAGUAAACUCAGGCUGCAGAAAUGUAAAAUACAGUCUCCCAGGCUUGAUCCUUGGACCAUUGAUUUUCUUUUUCUGAUCUACAUUAAUGAUCUACCAGUUACAAUCAAUGGCAGAGCAAAAAUAGUCAGGUUUGUGGAUGAUACAAGUAUUCUGAUAAAGGCUUCCAACUCCAUAAUGCAGGAUACAGCCCUGACAGUCAAAAACCAAGUAUCCAAAUGGUUCACAGCAAAUUGCCUAACCCUAAAUUUAGCAAAAACUAACAUUAUACAGUUUCAGUCAGUAAAUGAAAAGACUUCAAGUUCCUGAAGUGGAGAUCAACAACCAAAAAAUUUAUGAAAUCACACAUACAAAAUUCCUGGGCCCCCAGAUAGACAGCCAGCUGAGAUGGAAAGAGUAAAUUGAUCAACUGAUUAAGAAAUUGGCACAGUUUGUAUUACCCUAAGAGACUUCUCUUGUUGAAGAGAAAAUUGAUUUUGUCGUAUUUUGUGUAUUUAUUAUGAUAUUAUCCCCUGGGGAAAUGUUACAGGAAUUGAAAAAGUUUUCAAACUACAAAACUGAGCAGUGAAGUUAAUAUGUGGGAUCUCUAACAGAACAUCCCGCAGAGCUCUCUUUAAGACUCAUAAUAUUCACUGUUACAAAUUAAUACAAUUGAAUAAAAAUGGAGGAAACCACUUCAGUUUUAAAAAAAGAAAAGAACCUUUCUUAAAAUAAAAUUUUAUACUUAUGUCAUGAAGACAAAACUGUGUAUCCUUAAUGUAAAUUAUAAUGAUAAAAUGUAAAUUUAUUUGCAUGAUAGGUUAAAAUGUGUACUAGCAUUUGUUCCACUCUAUUAAGUAUUUACCUGAACUUACUUAUGCUUAUGCGAUGAUGAUAAAAAUUUUGUAUUUUAAUUUAAAUCAUAAUGAUAGAAAGUAAAGUUAUUUAUUUGUGGCACUGGGAUAAAACUAUGUUGUUCUAUUUAUUCUGCUAUUUUAAGCAUAAUGCUCACAUAAUUUUGUAUUGUUUUACUUGACUUACUUGUCCUAUAUUAUUAGUACACCCUUUGUAUACCAUGUAAUCAACAGGGCCAAAUAAAAAACCAAAUCAAAUCAGAUCAAAUGUUGUUCACGUAUACUAUCAAGAUGACAUCUAAUAAAGAAGAAUUCUAAGACUCUAAAACCAUAGAAACAUAAUUUUUAGCAGAAUCCUAUGGCUUCUGUAAUGAUUCGUGUUGAAUGUUAGUUAACUUAAAUUUCUUCUGCCUGGUCCAUUGAUGAAUGAAUGCGAAAUUUUCAUGCUUAACAAAAUUUAUUCACAUCAAUUGACAUCGGCACUGCACACUUGUCAUGUAGACAAAACAAGGACGGACUUCACUGAUCUCUUUGACUUCCAAAAGUAAUUUCAAAACUGACUAACAACUCAAAGAUGCAUCGACUUAUAUAGAAUUUUAACAUUAGCUUCCAAAAUAUUCCAUUAUUAAAUUUGUACAAUUUUAAUGUUACAAUCAGAAUCUACAAAAUGUAAAGAAACUGAUGUUACAGCCGAAUAAGGUAUAAAAUACAAUAUUUGAAUAACAAUCUUUUCUAUUAAUAUCUUUAGUUUUCCACAAGAAAAUCAUUCUGAACUUUAAUUACAAUAAUGUCUCUCAUGUUAUUUUAGUUAUGUAACUAAUUACAGUUUGGAUUAGGUUCCUAACAUUCGAUAAUAUUAUAUAUCUUGUGUUUUAUCUGACUGCUUACGAGAAAGUUACAAAUAAGGCAUCAAAUUCUGCAACUGGAAAACUGUGAGAUGUAAAAAGUUGGAGAGUUAAUUAGAAAUGUAAUUACAAAGGAUGUUAAUUACAGAGUAGGACAUAAAAAGAGAUAACAAAUCAAAAUACAUCACU